AUGGAUCAAUUGUGUUGGACUUUGUACAGACGGAGCACAGUCAAUGUCAGGAAAAAAUCUGGUCUUCAAGCUCUUGUAAAAAACAGAGCACCAGAAAUUAUCUGGACGCACUGCAUGCUGCACAGAUCAGCACUUGUCUCAAAGAAUAAUAGUCCAGAACUGAACGAUAUUUUUGCGCAAAUUACAAAAGUUAUAAACUACAUAAAACACAGUCCUUUAAGAGCUAAGCUUUUUGCAAAGCUGUGUGAAGAUAUGGAUUCAAAAUAUACAUCGCUUUUAUACUAUUGUGAGGUACGCUGGCUAUCUCGUGCAAAAGUGAUUAGAAGGGUGUUUGAACUCAAAGAUCAAGUUGCAGAUUUUCUUGAUGAAAAUGAUAUUGAAGAUGCAAAGUUGUUCAGGGAUGAUGACUUUAUUGUCAAAUUUGCCUAUUUAGUUGACAUUUGGGAAAUUGAGUAUAUUGAAUAA